GGCGAGGAGGAAGUCUCAUCGGACGGAGGAGCCAAAAAUCUAUUUUCUUACCAAUUCCUGUGAAUGUUGCCUAAAGGCGAUGCCUUAAGGACCUGAGGGGAAGUCUCGGGCGUUUAAGGCAGCACAACGGGGCCAAUAGCAGUUUGUUUGGGAGCUUUUGAAGCCUGAGGCGGAAAGUUACCUGUGAGGGGAAUCGAGGUGGGACCGGUCAGCUUUCAGUGAUGUCCAGACCGUAGACAGCGACUGAUACUUCUCGUCAUGGAAUCCAAAAAGUCAGGCAUGCUGCACCAUCUCCGCCAGAAGAUGAUUCCGCACCUCCGGCGGGGCAAGAGCAGCUCAAAGAAGCCAGACGUCCAGUUCGAUCACACCCUAGACCACCGGAUGAGCUCUUCUGUCCCGGACAUGAGGGUCAUGAAGCAGGAGUACUCUCGCAGCCCCUCCAGGGCACAGCUCCAGCAGCGCAGCCCUCUCAGCCACAGCAGCCCCUCCACGCCCCUUGUCAGGCCUGCUCGACACCCAGUAGGCCGUGGGAGUGGCCCUAGUGUAGGUGGAGGAUCUGUGCAGAGUGAAAACACACUGAGCGUGCCCGCAGACUGCAGAGACUGGGCUUCCUCUCAGGAGUCUUUCAGCAGUUUCUGCGCAGAGGAGAGUGGCUCCCCACAGACACAGCCCAGACCCGUUCAAGGCAUGGAGCCUGAGGAGCUGGCCCUGCCGGAGAUGAUGACGGUCUACAGCCCUGACGUCGGCCAGGAGGAGGUUUCCCAGGAUAGCUCACAGUAUGAGAUGGGCAACGAGACUGUGAGCGUGUCAGAGAACAUCCAAGACUCCCCCAGGUCCUUCCUACUCACCAUCAACCUGAAGGAAGGACGCAACCUGGUCAUCCGGGACCGGUGUGGUACCAGUGACCCUUAUGUGAAAGUCAAGCUGGAUGGGAAAACUAUUUACAAAAGUAAAGUGGUUUACAAAAACCUCAGCCCCACAUGGAACGAGUCAUUCUCUUUGCCCGUGAAGGACCUGAAUCAGAAAAUUUAUAUCAAGGUAUAUGACCGUGACCUCACGACUGACGACUUCAUGGGCUCUGCCUGUGUCCUGCUGAGUAAUCUGGUGACUUCCAAGGUCAACGAGCUAUCACUGGCACUGGAUGACCCGAACAGCCUGGAGGAGGACAUGGGCGUCGUGCUGGUUGACAUGAGUCUCUCACUCAGAAAUGGAGACAGCAAGAAAGGCAAUCAGAAGUGGCCGCAAUUACGAAAACGAAGUAUUAGGUCAGGAGGCACACCUCAGAGUGCUCGUUUGUCAGACACACUAAAGAAGAGUCAGCUGUGGACGUCCGUUCUGUCAGUGACGCUGGUCGAAGGUCAGGGGCUGCCGGUGGACACGCAGACGGGCCAGCUCUUCGUUCGCUUCAGACUCGGGGAGCAGCAAUAUAAAAGCAAGAGUCACUGUAAAGUGCACAACCCUCAGUGGAGAGAGCGUUUCACCCUCAAGCAGUUUCUGGACAGUCCUCAAAACCUGGAGGUGGAACUCUGGUCCAAAGAAGGGCGAAGGACCGAGGAAUGCUGGGCGGCGUGGGAAAUUGACCUGCUCAAGGUUCCUCUUGACCAGAAGCAGGUGUGCACACACAAACUGUCGCAGGGCACAGGACACAUUGUCUUCCUGCUGAAACUGAGCCCGUGCAGCGGGGUUACCAUCUCCGACCUCUGCGCCGCGCCUCUCGAUGAGCCUGAGGGGCGACAGAACCAGCUGAACAACUAUAGUUUGCAACGGUCCCUGAAGAACCUAAGUGAUAUCGGUUUCCUCCAAGUCAAAGUGCUCAAGGCUGUGGAUCUGCUGGCUGCAGAUUUAAAUGGGAAGAGUGACCCUUUCUGCGUGUUACAGCUGGGGAAUGACAGACUGCAGACUCACACCGUCUACAAAAGCCUCAACCCAGAGUGGAAUCAAGUCUUCACAUUCCCCAUCAGAGACAUUCACGAUGCUCUGGUUGUGACUCUUUUUGAUGACGAUGGAGACAAGGCGCCAGACUUUCUAGGAAAACUCGCCAUUCCCCUUCUCUCGAUCCGCAGGGGACAACAGAUCGCCUUCCCUCUGAAGAAGGAAGACUUAGGUGGGCUGUCGAAGGGGAGCAUCACUCUGGAACUGGAUCUUAUUUUUAACCCUGUCAGAGCAAGCAUAAGAACCUUCCAGCCGGUCGAGAGGGGCUUUGUGGAGGAUAAUCCCAAAUUCUCCAAAAAGGCUCUGGCCCGGAACGUGCUGCGUGUUCAGACGCUUUACAGGGCUAUCAGGUCGACUCUGCAGUACAUCAAAAGCUGCUUCCAGUGGGAGAGCGUUCAGAGGAGCCUGCUAGCCUUCCUGAUCUUUGUCGUGACCGUGUGGUACUGGGAGUUUUACAUGCUGCCCUUCAUCCUGGUCCUGCUCAUUUCUCGGAACUACAUCCAGAUGCGAAAUGGACGCGUCAGUCAGGACCUGGACAGCAUGGAUUUGGCAGAUGAGGACGAGGAUGAUGAGAAGGAGUCAGAAAGAAGAGGUCUUAUAGAGAAAAUCCACAUGGUCCAAGACACAAUCAUCACACUUCAAAACCUGCUGGAUGAGAUCGCCUCAUUCGGGGAGAGGAUUAAAAACACGUUCAACUGGUCGGUGCCGUUCCUGUCGGGCCUGGCUCUGCUGCUCUUUGUCCUGGCCGCCGUCCUCACCUACUUCAUCCCCGUCCGCUACAUAGUCCUGCUGUGGGGUAUCAAUAAAUUCACCAAGAAAUUACGGAACCCGUACAGCAUCGACAACAAUGAGGUGCUUGAUUUCCUCUCGAGGGUUCCUUCAGAUGUGCAAAAGGUCCAGUACAGCGAGCCCAAAGGCGGCAGGAAGAAGAAAAUCCUGUAGAAGGGGCGACGCUCUUCACACACCGUCACCUGAACGCGUCGCCGAGGAGGAUGGCAAAGGCUCUGUGUUGAUCUCAGAGCAACAAGGAUGCCCCCCCCCCCCCCCCUUCGCUCAUGGUGGCAACCAGCAAGACCAAAGACAUCCUUUCUGAGGACUGGGCAGGGAUUCUUUUUUUUUAUCACAUUAUCUAUUGUGUUUAUUAUAUGGAUUUCUAGAAAUGUUUGUGAACCUAUUUAAAAAGAAUGUCCAGUUUGAUAUACUGUGUAGAGUUUAUUCCUUAAAAUUCUCUGAGGAAAAAAAAAAAGAUCAGAAGCUGCUGUAUUUUCUAUUUUUGGCACACUGCAGAGUAAGACUUUCAUUCCGAAUGCUGAAUUAGCAGCUCAGAAUAUUGCUUUUCCUAGUUUUAAUGUGCAAUGUCUGUAGAUUUUUGGAUGUCGAUGGGAAUUUCAGAGAGAAAGUAUAUCAUUUCAGCCUUUAUAUGUGUUUAUUGCAAUGAGAAAACAACGUCGCGUUCCUUUUAUUUCUGACAUUUAAAGCCGAAUUGACUGGUUAGAUCUCACGGCGUCAUUAUGAACCUAAAUCUCUAUGCUGAAAGAAGUGCCUGCGGUAGGUUUUUGCUUUCAGAAGAAUUCUCUCUUUGUCCGUGCGUCGGUUCGGGGUCAGAUCUGUAAACACUUUAUUUAUUAUGGGCAAUUGCUGCAGAACGGCUGUGUGUUGUGUUAUCUAAAAGCAAUAAACGCAGCCCGCCACGUC